AUGAAUGAUGGGUCGAUUCAAAUUGACCAACUAGAAGAUCAGAUAAUAGAUCAUCCAGAUGAGAGAACUAGACGCGAAUUGCACGAUACGUCGUUGGAUGAAACAUUUCAAAAGAAAUUGAGUGCCAAAGCCAAAGAAUUUGAAUCAUCAUCACUGUCGGAAGAUUCAGGAGGAGAUGCAGAUGGUGGCAGCAACUAUGACGUGUCAAUGAAUUAUCAAUUUUUAAUUACCAAGCUGCAUUUAGCUUAUCAGCAUGAAGAAUAUGGCGAUCUAGGGCAAGAGAUUUCGGAGUGGUUUACUUUCCAUGACCUUAAACUGAUUGGUGGUUUGGAGUCUCUAUUGGAUAGCUUUGAACAAAAUAAUGACAUGGAAGAAUUAUCAACAAAGUUGUUGGGUUCAAGCAUGAACGACAAUUUGUCAUAUUUAAAGAGUAUAUUGUAUUAUUCAUUUGGGGAAUAUGCUACAAAGUCAACGAUUGAGGAGCAAGUUAGACAAAUAUCUAUUAAUAACUUGGAAUUGUUGGAGCUAGAAAUUUACCAGCCGUUGAUUAACAUGGUGUUGGAGUUUUUCGCCCGAAGAAUGGAGAUAGACACAUUAGCGGGUGGUAAGAAUGCUGCUAUGUCCAAGAAGACUGAAGCAACUUAUUUCCGAAUUUUAACCAUAAUUUAUUUCCUAACAAUAACCGCGGUAUAUAACAAGCAACAACUGGAAAAGUUUCGAAAGUAUUUACUGGCAACGAAUCUUUUGGAGUCAGUUGUGCAAUUCAUUGAGCAUUGGAAGUGGAAUCACAACAGCACUAGCUAUCGAAUAAGAUACUUGAUAUUAUUCUUGGACAAGUUGCUGCUUCUAGAAUUUGGAGACAAGAAUCAGCUUGCUUUGUGUGAUGGGUUUCUCAAAAAGUUGCAUCAUAUCAAAACAUUUGAUGAUUCAGAUGAACAAAAAUCAACAUUGACUUGUUCGCCAUUAGAUUAUUUUGCAUUUAGGCAAGAUCUCCUAGAUAAGUACCCAUUAUAUGAGCUUAGUGGUGUAAAGAACUUGGAAGAAGCGUUGUCAAAGAAGCCAAAUGCAUCAUCGAUAGAGGAUAAGUAUAAAACGUUCAUGGCAGUCAACACCUAUUCAAAUUCGUUAUCAAACAGUAUUGAAAUACCCAAGACAAAUAAAUCGCAUACAGUACUAAGCCAGCUACCAGCACAACCUGUUCACAUUGCAACUCCCUUACCUUCCCCGAAAUUAAUGUCUUCUGAUUUCAUGUCUGGUGGUGAAAAGAUUAGGAAAUCAUAUCAGGUAAACCAAUCAAUGCCAUUUAUAUAUCCGAACGAGAAUCUGUGUGGCUCAAGUGUACCCCUAGCAAUGUUGGAGGCAGAUGAGAUAUUGAAAAAGGCAGUGUAUGAAAGCUAUUCAAUUAAAAGAUUAUGGAGUGAGCGUGAACAAUUCAUGAAGCAGGAACGAGGUUAUGCUGAUGCGUAUAAUGAUAAGGACGAGUUUGACUAUUCUUUUGAUAAGAUGCGCGGUGAGUACUGCGGCAACACCAGUGAAAUUAAUAGUCUUGAAAGGGUAGAAGAGUUUUACGCCAAGACGUAUUUCCGGCUACAUUCAGUCAUUGAAGUAUUUUUGGAUAUAGUUAAAAGCAACCGGGUUGAAAAGAAUUUAAGUUUGUAUGAAUAUGAGCUCAACCCAAGUACUUCAUUCAUGGCUAAAUCGAGAACAGCACAUGGUAAUGACGACGCAAAAGCUAAGAUAGAGGGCCUUUUGAUGCUGCAAUUGGAAGUUAUGAAUGUUAAAGAAGUAAUGACAAAAACUGUGAUGAGAAUAAUAAUGAGGUUGCUCCGAUGGUUCAAAGCAAGUCAUGUCCUCAAGUACUAUUAUCUUUCGUCAAUUCUUUUUGAUCAACAAUUUGCGGCAAUUAGUUUGGAUUUCAUAAGCAACAGCUUCAAUAACCAAAACAACCAGAGUCUAUCGCAUCAACUGGGCGGGAAGAAGGACGAGUUAUUGGAGUAUGAGAUGUUGAUCAACCAGAAUAAACUAAUGAAUCCACAAAUCAAGCUUCCUAGGUUAGGCUUUUUCCACAACUGCCUCCAUAUCAACUCGGAAAAUUUUGACUAUGCAUUUGUCAACAAGACUUUUAUUCUGGAACUUCCCAAGGAACUUGAUUCCAAAAAGAUUAGCCAUGUAUAUAUUCAAAAUUUCAAUCAAAACUUUGCAUCCAUUUUGGCAGAUAUGUUGGAAAUUAACAAUAAAAUACUAAUCAAAAACCAAAGUCAACGAAUUUUUUCAUUGAAUGAUCUCAAACCAUCAGAAUUGUUCAAGAUGAUUCUUAUAAAUUAUGAUAAUGAAGCAUUUUCUAAGCCUAUAUUGAAAAUUUUAAAGAAAUUGGUGCCUUAUCAAGGCAGGAAAUGGAAGAGUAUGAAUAUGGAUUUGAUCAGUACCAUUUAUCUAAAUUGCAAGUUAUCAAUGAAGGAUAAUUGGCUAAGUGGUAAAGAUUUGGGCAGUGAGUUUAAUAAUAGUUGUGAUCAAGAAAUCGCAAUGAGGGCUUUGCUACAGUUUUACAAUAUCAAAAGGUACGAUGGCGGGCAUCUAGGUUACAAACUAGAAAGAGGAGAUAUCAUGAACAUACCCCCAUUGACAUUGAAUGAAUCUGUAUUGGAAUAG